AUGAAGGUAAUAGAGAGGAGGAUAUACAGAGGAGGUAUUCUUCUUCUUAAUAUUUUUAGUACUUCUUCCAAAAAAUGCAACUGUUUGGAAGCCAGAUACUUUUUUUGUUGGAGAACAUUACGAAUAAAUUUUCAAUCGGAUGGAGCUUACCCUAUACGUGAUGUUCGCUCUAUUCGCUUUGCUCUCUCAAGUGCUAUUUACUCAAUUGACGAUGUCGCCUAUUUAUGGGCAAAUUCUCCUCCCCUUAUCCAGCCGAUACAGAUUGCUGAUCGUUUACAUGCUGGUGGGGGUGCCCAUUAUGCAUUUGAAGAAGCUGAAGCUGGGGAAUGUCAUUCAAUUGGAAAUUUUACACAAAGUACAUUUUCUUGCAUUGAAUUACUCGUUCAUUUUCGUGGUAGUUCAACAAUUGGAUGGUCAAGUGUUUUAAUUCCUUGUAUUUUACUUGUAUUUACGAGUUGGUUCCAUUUUUGGGUACAUCCAUCAUGGUCAGUACCUCGAACACUUAGUUCAUCUAUUUUUCUUCCAAUUGAAUCCUGUGCUUGGAUAAUUUGGCUUUUUAUUUGUACAUUAUUUACAUUUUUGUCUUUAAUUGAAUAUUUUUUUGUAAUUCGGUGUUAUUCAACAAUUAAUCAACAUUCUGCUGCAGCAUUAACUGCACAACAAAGACAUCAUCAAUUUAACCGUCCAACAAGUGAAGAUGAUGGAAAAGAAGGGACAACAACUACUUUAAUUGUUACACAAGAUGAGCCAUUACUCUCAUCAACACACGCAGAAGUGUUAAAUCGUUAUUCAGCAACAAAUCAUUUAGAUUUAGUUUCAAGAAUUGCUUUUCCUAUUGGAUUUUUAUUAGCUUUAGUUGUUUUUAUACUUUUUUAUAUUUUUUAA